AUGACAACAACUCUCCCCUGCUCGCGCCUCUCACCAGAUACCUACAGAACAAGUGACCUGCAGCAGCUUGUCUCAAACAAUGGCCUCAUGCCGGCGUUCAGCACUCUACUACUCGUGAUUUAUCAUUUUGCGCCCUCAGUCGCCUCAAUGCUUGCUCAAUGCAGGCUUUCGCUGAUGAGAAUGACGGCAUAUGAGGUGUUCGUCAUCUCUCGUGCAGACUGCUAG